AUGCUUCAGGACCCCUCGAUUAGGCUCCGCAGUGCUAUCAUUGAUGGGAAUUUACUAAUUGCAAAGAGACUUCUUUCCCGAUUCCCAGAUUACUUGUAUGACAUCGACCCUGAAAACGGAUGGACUUUACUACACUAUGCGUCCUUUUAUGGUAGAUAUCUAGUCUGUGUUCACCUCAUACAGCUAGGGAUCGAUAAUUCAGAGAUCCAACGGACUUUCCAGAACGAUACUGCAAUCCAUCUUGCGCUUCAAAAUGGGCAUGAACAGACUACACAUCUCCUUUUGCAACAUUUCCCGCAAUGCCUCGACUUGAAAGGUCACGCAGGCUCCACACCCGUGGGCGUUGCAUGCGUUACCGAUCAAUAUCGCUGUCUGAAUCUUUUACUGGGCCUUGGAGCCGACUUGAAGUUGCGAGACGACGAAGGUGAUACACCGUUGCAUACUUGCUUAAAGUACGGAAGCGUUAAUUGCUUGCGACUGCUGGUUCUCGAGGGGAACCUUGUUGACGAUACGUUGCGGAAUAAAAGCCAUUGGACGCCUAUGGAUGUUGCACAGACGUUCGACAUUGCAAGGCAAUUCCAGAAGGCCCUGAUAGAGGUCCAUUCUCACACGGUACCGAAGAAACCAAGUUUCCAGUCCAUGAUGUCACCUCAAACAGUUUUCAAAUCGACUUUUGAGACAACUGGGUCUCCCAUAUCGGCUUCGUCGCCCAUGGGCCGUUCUUUUACGUCCCAAUUACCGCCUCUUCCCAAGAUAUCUACCAGCCGCAGGACGUCGCUUGGUAGUCAAACCGUGCGGUCUCCGAGAACCUCGUUUCCGCAACAAAACUCGAGUGGCAGCAAUCCAUCAGCCCCAUCACCGACAUCGCGAUUACCUUCGAAAUCUACUACCUCAAAUACGUUCCAAUCGUCGUCGUCCGCAUCGCUUAAUCGCAGGGAAAGCUCUCAAAGCGUCAAUAGCGAAAGGACACGAAGUUGCGGUCAAAAUGAGACUCUAAGGCAUUUCCCAACCACAAGUACCACUGAGAGCAUAAAUGAGAAUAGCGCAGUGAGUUUGAAAAGUGGUGGUGAGAGUUCAAUUAGACAUACGACUCGAUCAUCUGGCGACGCAGGCAGCGCCAAACUCGAACCAACUACGGGCUCCUCAAGGGAAGGAGAACUGCAAGCAAUCUCUGGACCACCUGAAAACGAUAGAAGGACAAAAAUCUCGCUACUUAACAUCCCGAUUUCUAAAGUUCGGUAG